AUGCUCACUGCGGCAGCGAUAGCUGUUUUGAUGAAAAGACUUCAUGAAAAUGGAAAAGUUGACAUGAAAAAGAUUUGUAUUGGCAUUGAUGGUAGUCUGUAUCGUUUUCAUCCUCGCUUCAAUAUGGUUAUUCAACGGCACCUGAAAAUUCUUGCUCCAGUUUUACUCAAUUAUGAAUUACGUAUUAGUGCUGAUGGUUCUGGAAUAGGUGCUGCCAUAUGUGCUAUAACAGCAAAUGAUGCGCGUAAAGCUCUACGGAAAGGUGAAAUUAAAAAAUCUCCUUUCUAUCAACAGCAUAAUAACAUUUCGUAA